AUGGCCACCAACGGCACUACAAACGGAACAAGAAAGUCCAUUCGGGCUCCCAACCCCCCGGUUCAGGACAGUGUCUUCAAGCAAUUCCGUCUCGACGGCCGUACUGUCAUCAUCACUGGCGGAGCAGGGGGUAUUGGGCACGAAAUCGCCAAGGGUCUCGCCGAAGCCGGCGCCAACAUCGCCAUCUGGUACCACACGUCCUCUAAAGCAGCCAACUCUCUGAUCGAGACCCUUACCAAGGAGUUCGGCGUCAAGUCAAAAUCCUACCAGGUCGAUGUCCGCAACUACAAGGCAGUAGAAGCGGCCGUAGCCGAAGCCGUCAAGGACUUUGGCCGUCUGGACGUCAUGAUUGCAAAUGCGGGAGUGCCGUCCAAGGCAGGCGGUCUCGACGACAAGGUCGAGGACUGGGACCAUGUUCGUUCGGUCGACUUCGAUGGCGCCUACUACUGCAUGAGGGCGGCGGGCCUGGUCUUCCGCGAGCAGAAGGGAGGCGUCGGCAUUAUCACGGCGUCGAUGAGCGGCCACGCCGCCAACGUGCCGCAGGAGCAGAGCUGCUACAAUGCCUGCAAGGCUGGAACCAUUCAUCUGGCCAAGUCCCUGGCUGUCGAGUGGGCUAAGUGGGGAGGCCGCAUCAACUCCGUGUCCCCUGGUUACAUCGACACAGCUAUCUCGGGCGAUUGCCCGUUCGAGAUGAAGGAGGAGUGGUUCAGCUUGACGCCGCUGCGUAGAGACGCUGACCCCAGGGAGUUGAAGGGCAUUUACCUGUACUUGGCCAGCGACGCCAGCUCAUACACGACGGGUGCGGACUUCAUUAUCGAUGGCGGUUACACCGCGAGGUAG